AUGGACUUCGACGGGCGGCUGCUGCGGCGGGCGGGCGGCUUCGGGCGGCGCGGGCGGCUGCUGGCCGCCGCCUCGGGGCUGCCCGCCGUGCCGCUGGCGCUGGGCCUGGCCGCGGGGCUGCUGCUGGCCGCCACGCCGCCGCACCGCUGCCGCCCCGACCCGGCCCUGCUGCCCCCGGCGCUGCGCAACGCCUCCGGCCCGCAGCUGCUCAACGCCUCGGCGCCGCGCGGCAGCCCCUGCCUGCUCUACCGCUACCCGCCCGCCGCCGCCGCCGCCGCCCGCCCCAACGCCACCGGGCCCUGCACGCGCGGCUGGCACUACGCCCUGCCCGCCGCCGGCCUGCGCUCCACCCUCGUCACCCAGUGGGACCUCGUGUGCGCGCAGCGCUGGCGGGUGCCGCUCGAGCAGACCAGCCACCUGCUGGGCCGGGGCCUGGGCUUCGUGGCCCUCGGCGCGGCCGCCGACAGGUUGGGGCGUCGGCCGGCCUUCGUCUUCUCUCUCAUCCUGUCCAUCCCGCUGGGUGCGGCCGUGGCCCUGGCAGUGAAUUACACCAUGCUGGCACUCCUACGGCUGUUCUUCGGGGCCUCGCUGGCGGGCACCUUCGUCUCGCUCUACGUGGCAAGGCUGGAGCUGUGUGACCCUCCUCAUCGGUUGCUUGUCACCAUGGGGGCCGGUUUCUGUUGGGUGUUCGGAGAGCUGCUCUUGCCAGGGCUGGCAGCGGCCUGCAAGGAGUGGCGGGUCCUGCAGGGGGCAGUAACCCUGGGGCUGGCGCUGCUGGCGGCCUGUUGGUGGUGCCCUUCCCUGUUCCCCGAGUCCGCCCGUUGGCUCUUGGCUACCCACCAGGUGGAGAAAGGCAAGAGGGCACUGCGCAGCCUGGCAGAGGGAAACGGCGUGCGCCUGGAAGAGGACUUCUACACCCCGGAGCACCUCUUUGGCGAGGCACAGAAUCUGUCGCAAGAGCUGCCCCGGCCCCAGUACCACAACAUCUGUAAGAUCUUCUGCACCCGCGUCAUCUGGAAGAACAGCCUUAUCCUCGGUUUUGCAGCUUUCAUCGGGAGUGGAAUCCGCCACUGCUUCACCCGCAACCUGACUCCCUACCCGCCGCACUUCUAUUUCCCCUACUUCUUGCUGGCCGGGGCUGAGGGGGUGGCCCUCCUCUUCCUCUGCCUGACCGUGGACCGCUUUGGACGCCGGCCUGUCCUCCUCCUGAGCACCAUCGCGAUGGGGAUUUCCUCGCUGCUCCUGCUGGCCCUCACCCAGUACUUGACGGCCUGGCUCAUUCUGGCGCUCUCCAUCCUGGGCAUUCUUGCGUCACAAGCUGUCACUGCCCUCAGCAUCUUCUUUGCCAGUGAAGUCCUGCCCACUGUAGUCAGGGGGGCUGGGCUGGGCCUCAUCCUGGCCGCCAGCUCGGUGGGCUUGGCUGCUGCUCCCAUCAUGGACCUCCACAACAGCCGGGGCUUCUUCUUGCACCACGUGGUCUUUGCCUCCUUCGCCAUCCUGUCGGUGCUCAGCAUCAUGCUGCUCCCUGAGACCAGCGGCAGGCCUUUGCCAGACUCCAUGCAGGACGGGGAGAGCCAGCGCCGGCCUCCUCUCUUCCAGUCCACUCGCCGCCACCGGGAUCACGUGCCGCUGCUCUCUCCCCGGUCGGGGGACGGGGCCUAUGAUCCAGCCAGCUACGCUCGACUUGUCUCGGCCACCAAGAAUAUGCUGGGAGCACAUCGAGGCUUGGAUUCCCAACUCCGGAUGAAACUGCUUCCGGAGCCCACGGGGCAGGACAGGGCAGCGGACGGGGUGUAGAGGGUAUCCCCAGAGACUGUGUUGCACCCCAAGCCGUGGGCACGAGCGGCAAGAACCUGGAGCUGUUUGGGGCGGGGGACUGUUAAAACCACCCCGGCUCCCUACGUCAGAACUCUUCGGUGUCGUGUUUGUAGCUUGGCCUCACCAGGUGACUCUGUAGAGCCCCCCUUCUCUUGAAGGAGUCGGCGUGGCUAUACAGGGGCAGAGCACACACACACUGCAGUUUUCUGGCAUGAACAGGUCCACCAAUAAACGGGUCGGCUGUUUCUA